AUGGCUUACGCAACGGACAAUGGGCACGACUCAAGUUCAACGAGAAGUGGUGGCAGGCCCACUGACUCCCUAGUUCCGCAGUCAUCAGUCAUAACAAGGCCCCCUGCACAAACCUUGAUGUCAGCACUCACCGCCGCCUCCUCGUCGAACUAUGCCUCUAGCGUGUCUAGUGACAGCCAAAACCAAAACCAGAGCGGGGGUAUCCCUGGCACACCCGUGAGCGGACGCUCACGUCGCUCAGACGGAUGGGACCAGCAAACGCUUUCCCCGGCAGCGGCUGCAAGAGCCGGAGUUGAUGAUCCUACGAUUGAAGACCAUGCCGUUGAUCAGCCAAGCAGUAUUCGGCCCAAGGAGGAUCUAGAUGACUCUUCUGAUUCUUCAGAUGAAUACAUGACGAGUUAUCGGCCUAUGGAACGGUUACGGCUUGCUGCCAAACAGCCAGUCAUUCAGCACACCGUCAUCAUCGAUGUCUUCGAAGGGCAGCUUCAUUUAGCACCUAUCUCAUCAAAGCCGAGGCGGGUCCUUGAUGUCGGCACUGGCCCUGGAGCAUGGGCAUUGCCGCCUUACACCAGAUCUAACUGUAGUUUUAUGGCAAUGGAUAUUACGCAUGAUUGGGACUUCACCGGCGGCGGUAACUUCGAUUUUAUUCACAUUCGACAACUUGGCGAUAUUCAGGAUAAAAGGAAGUUAGUCCAAUCGACUUUUGACAACCUGAAGCCUGGAGGAUGGGUCGAAUUUACGGAAUGGAUCGCAAUUCUACAGUCACCAAAUCAUUCAUUGGACGGCACCGCAUUCCGCAAAUGGAAUGAUCUGCUAGAGCAAGGAAUGCGCAGUUUUGGUACAACGCUGUACUACCCGAAUGAAUUUAAGCCAUUGCUACAGGAAACAGGCUUUGAGCAUAUCAUUGAGACCAGAAACGGCGCGCCGACAAAUGCGUGCUAUCCUGGGAAAAGGUUGCAGCGCAUAGGCCAUCUAAUGACGCAGAACUGGCUGCUUGUUCUUGAGCCAUUAACAAUGCCUGUUUUUACGCAAGCGUUAGGCUGGUCUCCGGAUCAAGUUAAGUCGUUUCUGGUUGAUGUGCGGAAAGAGAUUGGCAACACACAAUACCAUUCCUUCAUGACGCUAAUAACUAUUUGCGCCCAAAAGCCGUUAAAUAGUUCAUCCACGUCGUCAAAGUCGGCCUCAGCUUCAGCCUCCGCAUCCGAACCUUCUCUUCCCACGAUAAAGUAGGUCCUCCGGUUUGACCAGACGCACGUUGAACACGACCCGCAAAGUUGCCUUCUCGAAAAGGUCACUUGCGAAGCUGGCCCUAAUGUAAUCAAUAACCAGCAGCACAUGGUUCGUGAUACUUGGCACAGAAUGGGGAGCCCUGUCCCCCCUCCAAGGAUGGAUCGGGUUCGCUUGUAUGCAGUGACAUCCAUGGAACGUCUAGGUUAUAAUGUUUUUCUGGUUCUUUUGCCAGGGAGGUUUUGAUAAUUGGGAUAAUAUCAAGAAACUAUGGGGUCUAGUUCAUAGACCCUUUGUUGGGUCUGAAUGGUAUGGUUUUGGUGUUCUUUUGAGCACGUAUGCUGUGAGGAACUCGGGCGCAGAUGGGGAAUUUAGGGUCGCCCACCAACUCUUUCCUGAAAAAUAUUACUCUUAAAGCACUUUUCCACAAAAAGGGCCUUAGAAUAGAUAAAUAAAGCUAUGCUAAGAUUAUCGGAAGGGA